AUGGGGAGUAAUGGGGUUGACCAUCCCUUGAAAGAUUUGGUAGAGGAAAGUGUUAGCAGCCAAGAACAGAGUUCUUUUCGGGAGGAGAGGAAUCAGAAGACAAAUUCUUCUAGGCACACUUCGGUUUUAGAGAUUUUUCAGUCAAAGGAGAUCAAUGUUGGUUCUUCACCUCAGACACCUCAGAGAGGCUUGGACCAUUACAUCACUGCACCUAUUGGCACUCCCAAAGGUUUACUAAUUGAGGAUCAUGAGAUUAAAUUCUCUAGAUCCAUGACUGAGAAGAAGGGACUUCCCAGGCAUGACUUCAAGCUGGAUAGACUGUCAGAUCGUGAAAAGAAAAAAUUAAUUGUUGAGAUGGUCAAGAUACAAAAUGAUGGAACAGUAGAAGUUGAUUUAGAAAAAAGUGCACCUGUUGCCUCUGAGUUGUUAGAGCUCCAGAGUAUUGAAGAUGUGCCUGUCAAUCUUGAUAAUAUGACUUCCAGUACUACCAAGUCAAUUCCAAGGUUGAAAAUUGCCAUACUUGUGGUCGGAACAAGAGGAGAUGUACAGCCUUUUCUGGCUAUGGCGAAGAGAUUUCAGGAGUUUGGCCAUCAUGUUAGGCUGGCAACUCAUGCUAACUUCAGUGCUUUUGUAAAGUCGGCUGGUGUAGACUUUUAUCCUUUGGGUGGUGAUCCUCGUGUUUUGGCAGGAUAUAUGGCCAGAAACAAAGGUCUCAUUCCAUCCGGGCCAGCAGAAAUAUCUAUACAGAGAAAGCAACUGAAGGCAAUUAUUGAAUCUCUUCUUCCAGCCUGCACAGAACCAGAUAUAGAAACUGGUGUGCCUUUUAAGGCACAGGCAAUAAUUGCAAACCCUCCUGCUUAUGGACAUGCUCAUGUUGCUGAAGCUCUUGGAGUACCCCUUCAUAUUUUCUUCACAAUGCCAUGGACGCCUACUUAUGAAUUUCCUCACCCACUGGCACGUGUACCUCAAAGUGCUGGUUAUUGGCUUUCAUAUAUUGUUGUGGAUUUGCUGAUAUGGUGGGGCAUUAGGGGAUAUAUUAAUGAUUUCAGAAAAAAGAAGUUGAAGCUUUCUCCUAUUGCAUACUUCAGCACAUACCAUGGAUCAAUAUCUCAUUUGCCAACAGGCUAUAUGUGGAGCCCUCAUGUUGUGCCAAAGCCAAGUGAUUGGGGACCUCUUGUGGAUGUCGUUGGUUAUUGUUUCCUAAACCUUGGGUCAAAGCAUCAACCUCAAGAUGAAUUUGUUCGUUGGAUUCAGAAAGGGUCGAAACCUAUAUAUAUUGGCUUCGGAAGCAUGCCACUUGAGGACCCCAAGAAAACUACGGAGAUUAUAUUGGAGGCAUUGAAAGAUACAGGACAGAGAGGAAUAAUUGACAGAGGUUGGGGGGACCUGGGGAAUUUUACAGAAGCAUCUGAUAAUGUUUUCCUAUUGGAGGACUGUCCUCACGAUUGGCUGUUUCCUCAAUGUUCAGCAGUUCAUCACGGUGGUGCUGGAACCACAGCUACAGGAUUAAGAGCUGGGUGUCCAACAACCAUAGUGCCAUUCUUUGGAGAUCAGUUUUUCUGGGGUGAGAGGAUACAUGAGAAAGGCUUGGGGCCUGCACCAAUACCUAUUUCUCAGCUCAGUGUCGAGAGCCUUUCAAAUGCUAUCAGAUUCAUGCUGGAGCCAGAGGUUAAAUCUCGGGUACUAGAAAUAGCAAAGUUGAUAGAGAAUGAAGACGGUGUAGCUGCUGCAGUUGAUGCGUUUCAUCGGCAGUUACCUCCUGUGCUACCAAUGCCAACUUCAUCUUCAGAGGAAGAUGAACUUCCAAACCCUUUGGUGUGGUUCUUUCUUCAACUUGAGAAGUGGUGCUGCCUGCCAUGUGGUUUGUAG